AUGAGCUAUUACCCACCGCAGCCGCCAUCCCAGGCCCCCGCGGCCCCCUCGUCCUCGUCCGACCUCGACCUCGUCUCGGCUCUCUCGCAACCUUCAACCCAGCCAGCACUCAAGGCAAACGUCCAGGCCGUCGAGCCUCUCUCGCGACUGCUCCUCUCGUCCUCGACCGACCUCGCCGCGACCAAACUCGCCCUCGCAGGGUUCGCCACCGCCUACCCGUUCCUCUUCCGCUAUGCGUCCCAGUCGGGCGACCACGCGUGGUGGACCCGCGUCGUCAACCUCAAGACGGCCGUCCUCCAGCAGUGGCGUAGCGGCAGCCCCGGCGCCAAGGUCGCCGCCGUCAAGGUCCUCCAGCGCAUCAUCCAGACCCAGAGCAACGCUGGCACCGCCGACCCUCGACUCGCCCGCAACCCCGAGCCCAACCUGUCGCUCGUGCGCGCCAACCACCCGUUCCUCAAGAUCGCCGCGCUCGAGGACGAGGCCAACAAGCUCCUCGGCGAGUGCAUCACGACCCUGUUCACGUCGGCGUCGCCCGACCUCGUCGGCGCCGUCGUCGCGUCGCUCGCGACCCUCGUCAAGAGCCGCCCGCAGUACGUCAAGCUCGUCGUCACGAGCCUCACCAACUGGACCCCGGCCGCGCUCGCAGGCCAAGGAGCGGCCCAGGUCAAGAGCGUCGAGAAGGUCGUCCGCAUCUCGUUGAGCCACCUCGUCAAGACCUCGCACGCGACGUCCUUCUCGACCCAGAUCGCCGACUUUCUCGCGCUCCAGUCGCAGCGCAUGGACGCCGCCGCGCUCGAGGCCCGUCGCGCCCGCGACGACGAGGCGUCCCGCAAGCGAGCCCUCCUCGCGAGCCAGAUCGACGACGUCGGCGGCGGCGACAGCAAGCGGCGGCGGCUCAACCCGGCGGCGUCGACCGCGAGCGAGGGCACGACGGCCGCGUUCAGGGCGGCCAACCUCAACCCGGGCACGGCGACGCCGAGCAUCGCCGAGCUGCCGCUCGACAUGGUCGUCGACCUGCUCGUCGCGACGCUGCAGAACGUGAGCGCGCCGGUGCUCGGGACCGCCAUCGACACCGUCCGGCGCAACCUUCCCGCGUCCUCCUCCGCCGACACCCACGACCGCCCGGCCUCGCUCCCUCCUUCAGCUCCAGCACCCGACGUCACCCCUGCGCCCGUCAUCGACCCGCUCAAGCUCGACCUUGGCGCCGACGAGCUCGACCUGCGCGCCGAGGUGCCGCCCGAACCCGCUCGCGCCGCGUCCGAGGAGGCCGACGACGCCGCCGCCGCCGCCGACCAAGCCGCGGCCUUUGCCGCGACGGGGCUCGCGACGCGGCCGGGCGCAGGCGCAGCCGACAUGGACCUCGCGGCGCCGCUCGAGAUGACGCUCGACGCGCGGCACGCGGUCGUCCUGAGCGCGCUCAAGCGCGUGUGCGCCGCGGGCCCGGACGGCGCGAGCGACAAGGUGUGGGUCCCGCUCGUGUCGCGGUUGAUCACGCGCGGGCUCGAGGUCGAGGCGGACGAGGGCGAGAGGAGGAGGGCGGGCGAGGGGGGCGAGGUCGAGAGGGAGAGGGCGAGGAGGAAGGGCGACGAGAUGCGCGAGGUCGUGUUCCGGUUCGUUGCGGGGGACCUGCAGGGGCGGACAGAGCUCGCGAGGCUAUGGCUCAACGAGGAGUGGUACGCGUGCAAGCGGCGCGGCAUCGUCGAGAAUCGCCCGUACGAUCACUGGCUGCGCAAGUUCCUCGAGCACGUCGGCGUCGCGUCGAGCAACAAGGACCGCGAGCUGCUCCAGUUCCUCAUGGACCUGCCCGAGAUCCCGGUCGACGAGAUCUAUCGCCUCGAGGGCAUGGCCGUCAACGCCGACCAGAUGCAGCUCGGUUUCUCGACCCUGCGCGAGCUCGUCGUCCUGCGGCCCUCGGUCCGCCCUGCCGCGCUCGACGUCCUCCUCGGCCUGACGACCCACGCCGACAAGCGCGUGCGCAACGCGGCCAUCAUGACGGUCAAGAAGUGGGUCCCCGACAUGCGCGAGUUGACGCCCGUCGUGCACGCGUUCGCGCUCGAGCUCGUCGAGCGGCUCAAGGUGGCGCCGCCGGCGCCCAAGGAGGACGAGGGGGCGGUCAAGGAGGGAGAGGAGGGCGAGGGCGUCAAGGACAAGGACGGCGAGGAGGACAUGAAGGUGGACGAUGAGGCGUCGCCGGCGCCGGACGAGCCCAAGGAGCCGUUCGCGCUCGUCCGCGGCGGCAAGGUCGUCGAUCGGCUCGAGCCGCCGACGACGCUCGGCGGCGUCACGCAGCACGUCGAGCUGCUGCUCGCGCUCUGCGUCAAGGAGCCUGCGCUUCUGUUCCCGCUCUUUGAGCGGUACGGCGCCAUGCAGCCCUUUGCGCAAGACGCCCUCGAGGAGCUCAUCGCGCCCCUGAUCCGGUCGCUCGGCCUCAAGCACGAGGGCCUGCUCGACCUCGUCGGGCGGUUCCCGGCCGGCAGCGACAAGCUCAUGUUCCGCGUCCUCGAGAUCGCCGCCGACAAGACCAAGCUGCCGAGCAACGUGACGGGCCUCAUCCGCCAGGUCGCCGCCGAGCGCGAGCUCGACCAGCGCUUCUACCCGAUCAUCCUCCCCGAGUGCAGCAAGGCCGAGGUCGUCCGCUGGUUGCCGCACGUCAUCAAGCUCCUCGACGGCACGCCGCUCAAGAAGGCGCAGACGCGGUCCAUCUUCCUGUCGAUCAUUGCGCCGCCAGCCCACUUCUCGAGCAUCAACUCGCUGCGCACGAGGAGCGACUCGAUCACGCCCGUCGAGCUCAUGAUGUACCUGCACAAGCACGACAAGGAGAUGGGCCUCAAGAACACGAUCGAGGCCAUUUCGAUCUGCUUCUCCAUGGCCGACGGCUUCCGCCCCGAGAUCCUGGCCGCCUUCAUGCAGCAGGCCGUCGACGAGCCCGUCAUUCCCAACCUCUUCCUGCGCACGGUCAUCCAAGCCGUCACGACCUACAAGUCGCUCCAGCCGUUCGUCAGCACGACGCUCCUGUCGCGCCUCAUCGCCAAAAAGGUCUGGACGGUCGGGCCCCUGUGGGAGGGCUUUGUCCGCCUCGCCAAGGCGAUCGCGCCCAACUCGUUCGCGGCGCUCCUCCAGCUGCCCAAGGAGCAGCUCGCAGAGGUCGUCGUCAAGCAGCCGAGCCUGCGUGCACCGCUGAGGGAGUACGUCGUCAAGAAGGGCGGCGCCAACCACGCUCGCAGCCAGGCGGUCCUCGAGGCGAUCGGCGAGGACGACCCAGCGGGAGCUUCGGGCGGCGCGACGCCCAAGUCGGGCAGCGCGACGCCCAUGCCGCCGCCGCUGCAGGCGUAG